AUUCUAUGAAUGAAUAAAGAUCUUACGCAGUCAGUCACAUGAAAAUAUGACUGGGGAAGCACUGUGAGAAGGAAGGCGUAAUCAUAUGCUGGAAGAUAUAACUAUACAAUUUUUAACUUCUGUAGAGUUUGAGUGCCAAAGAUGUUUUAUUUUUUAAAUAUGUCGAUUAUAUUUGAUUAUCUCACAACAGGUUUAAUAUUUUCGGUCUAGUGUUGCUGUAAAAAUGGUCAGCCUUUCUAGGGGCUUCAGCUCAUCUUCAGGAGGAGGCGUGUUCUUCAACGACGCGUCUCUCAGCAUCGAGGACGACGCGCAGCAGCUGGAGCCCAUCAUCGGGGCGCUGGAAGCCAGCAACUUCCACACGCUGGACACGGUGCUGGUGUCGGCGCUGCAUCUCUCCCUCGCGAUUGGUCAGCUGGUGCUCGCUCUCGUGCUGUUUGUCGUGUGGCCGUACGACAGCCGGAGGUGCGAUCCGUACUUCAUCAUCCUGUACGUCCAGGCCGCCCACUGGUGCAUCUCGCUGAUUAUACAUCUACACAUCAAGAACAAACACAAUCUGCUGAGAGUAAAUGGCUACCACGAGUUUUUCCGGAAGAUGUACAGCCGCUCCCAGAUGCCUUUCUACAUCGUCUCUAUGUGGAGCGCAGUGCUGCUGGUGGUCGCAGCGGCGGGGGAGCAGGCGAGCCCCGACUUCCGCCGGCAGUGCCGCUCCGAGUCCAGCUACCUCUCGCCGGCCGGGUACCUGUGUGGCGUGGUGGGGGCCGAGACCCUGGCGCUGGUCGCGGCCAUCUCCUUCUACCUGUCCCGAGUUGUGCGCUUCAACAGGAAGAAGCCCGCGCCGGAUGUCCUGAGAGACGAGUGGAUGAUCAGUCUCAUACAGAACAACUACGGCAGCGGGGAAGUCGGCUACAGGGAGCGCAGCAGCCAGCUCCAGGACCUGCUGGAGAAGCAGGCGGACGUGAUCCGCUCCCUGCGCGACCAGAGCGCUCGGCUCAGCCUCAAGGUCAUGCUGCUGAGCUCCGGGCCGAGCGCCGCCCGCCCCUAGGGGCCUCUCCGUCCGCGGUCGACAACCCGGGCGGACUUCCCGUUCCGAUUGGAAUACGUGGCGUGGAAGCGAGAGUAGACCUCGCAACUUGAAACGAGGGUGGAGAAGUACGUGCGUCAGCUUGAUCUAUGGUUAUCUGAGAAAUAACACAUUUCCAGGGAGGCUGGAACGCAAACGCAGGGGUUUCUGGGAUUGCAGUGGGAAGACUUGACAACUUAAGCCAGUUCAAGUCAUUUUCCUACCGAGCUCCUCCCUCGGAUAAACAUGGCUAUGACAAGAUUGUAUUUUUGUCCUCUAUUAGGCUGCCUAGUGUAGGAACUAAUAUUAGGAUUGCUUUUUUUUUUUUUUAAUGUGGUUUCUGCAAAAAAUAAUUACUAUUAAAAUAGCAAUUUUUCUAUGCUGAGGUUUUGUUGUUAAGGAGGUUUUACUGUCCAUGUUUCAUCACUAGAGGAAGUGGUUGUCUUUAUAAAAUCGUUUGUGUCGAGACACGUUUUGAAACACCAGUUUUGUUGGUAUUUCACGAAUAGGUAAGUUUUUCUUACAUCAUUUAAAUGUUAUGUUGUUAACAAGAAUCUAUCUGUGUCUGAUGGGUUUCAGAAUGGCCCAAUGAAAUUACACUACUAUGAUGAAAAACAAUUGGUAGUGUUCAUGAACAAAAUUGAAGUAAGUGUGCAUUAAGGCUAUAGUGAAAAUUGAUUAAAUUUUCUCUUUUAAACUUCCUGUAGGUAUUGCCAUGGCAAUUCACCUUGUGUGAUGUUUGUGUCAGUUGAAUAUAAAUUUAUCACUUAUGUAUUUGAUAUUUUACUGAUACUUUAUGUUGAUUUAUGUAGUUUAGAGUUUUUAAGAGUUAUACACCAUAUUAUGAAAUACUAACAACAUGUACUGUGUUUCAUCGUAUAAUCAUUGUACUCAUGUAAUCGUCACACUGUUGUUUUAGAGCAUCAACAUUUUGAAGAAAGAAAUUCUCGCAUAAAAAUUGCAUGAGGUUUUUGGUCCCACUAUUAGAUUCUGAGCGUUUUGUGUAGGUAGUAAACACGACAGGAUAAAGCACCGUGCAACAGUAGUUGGUUGUCAAGUUGCUGUCGGACAGUUUGGUAGUUGUAAUGGGGAAAUACAGUAAUUACAAUCACAGUAAAACUCGUUUAAAAUGUACCUGUUACAACACGAUUUUUGUCCAAUACGGUCAAACAUUUUUGUUCCACCAUUUUCUCAAUAAGAUAAACGUAAUUUUUUACCAUUUAAGUUGUUGCCCAUAAACUUCUUUUCCUGUAUAAAAUAAUGUAUUUUAAAUAGUAAAUCUAUUGUUUGUUAAUAUAUUACCGCUUGGCUUAUAUAAUUAACAGAAAUACGAAUUUGUUUGAUGUGUAAAUUUUCUUUUAAAGAUGUUUUCAAACAUAACCUUUAUCUGUUUUUGUUGAUGCUGUGUAGUGUGUAUAAAAUUGUAGCCAGCGCUAGUGGAAAUCAUUUAUGAUUGCUUACAUUGAUGACCGUAUAGAGUGUGAGCGUACAGUAGAAUAUUGAUAUUGAUAGCAGAUUACAUGCAACAUGCACGCUCUGUCUCGUGCCAAGUAAACUACAUUUGUUAACUCUCAUUCUUUCGUGGUUGGUGUGUUUACGACAAUAGUUUUGCGUUAGUUCCAGCUCACGUUCAGAUCACGGUUUUCGUUUUUCUGUUUAAAGUUGGAAUAAAUAUGUUUUUGUUGCCUUUUCAUUAAUUUAAAUUGUUUGGCGUGCGCUCAUAUAGUCUACUGUUUGAUUAAAUGUAUUUUCCAUGCAAUAGGUUUUGUUUUUAUGAAUAACUUUACCUCAACAAAAAUGCUUCUUGCAUAAAAAUCGCACCCCGACUUUUCAAACUUGAUUAUUGCAUAAAGUGUGUGACGAUUAUGUGAUAAAACAUGGUAUUUAGAUAAGUGUGCUCUUAUUUUUAAAAUGUUAUAUUUGUAUUACAGUGAGUUUAUCAAAUAAGAAUGCUGGUCAUUUAUACAUUUAUUUUCUUAGUUUUGAAAAAUUUUAUUUUCAUUAGCAGCUUCGAAAAUUUUUACACUUAAUAAUAAAAGCUAGUCAGGGUCAACUCUAAAGGAAGAUUAGUUUUUGUUAUAUUUCUAUCAUUUAAAUUUCCACGCUAUUUUUAUUGCCACAGUAUUAAAAUGCUGAUUUUUUAAUAGUGAUAGUGAGGAAAGUAAAACUAUUAGAAUUGAUACUAUGUAUUGAUGAUAAGUCUCCAUGCUCUAUGUAUGUUGGGGUGAUUGUGAUAAUACUUGACUGUUUGAUACCAGCCUUCUUUUAUGUAUAUGCUCUAAAUAAAAUAACAUUAGUCAUGAGGAAGUAGCAUGUGACAUAUGUAGCACUUAUCAAAACUAAUUUUUGUAUUUCAUUUAUCACUUUAACUGAGAUAUAUAACCUUUUAUUUAUUUUUUUCCCUACGUAAAACAAACAAUUAAAGAUAUCCCAUUACAGAAAUCAGAAGGUGAAGAAGAGAUUAAAUUUUGUAUGAUUGUUUGGGUGCUAUGUAGCUUAAAAAUAAUCAUAAUUAUUUUUUAUUACUUUUUUAUGUAAUUUUCUAAAUGAUUGUUAAAGUUAACAUAUUUUAUUUGUAAUGAUCCUCAGAAGUAAAAUACCUGAAAUGAUGACUUCAGUUGAUGCCAUAUACAAUGUAUAAAAAAGAUUUUAUAGUUUCAUUUUUAGACCAAUUAAGUUUUUAAAACAUGAGAGUUUGAUGUUUUUGUUUUCAUAUCUUCUACUUUACUUGUACAUAGUGCCUCAUUUAACAAGUAUGACAUAAUAUGUACAUAUUUCAUCAAAAUAGUGUAAUUUUCAGUUUUAAAUUUUUUUUUUUAUAAUAAAAUAAUGUAUGUUAAGCAUAAUUUUCUUGGGACAAUAACAGUUAAUUGGCUAUAAUUUCUGUGUUUGAAAAAAAUUACUGUCUAGUAAUGUAAAAAUUAUUAAAUCUGAAAUGCAAAAUCAAGGAAACACUUUAUUUUUCUAUACAUUUGGUUUGUAAAUUUUAGUACAAAAUGUGCUAAAUACAACAUUUUCAUUGAUUUUAAUGUAUUAAAAGGUAGUAACAGUGUUUUAAGAUUAAGACUUAAGUUUUGUUAGAAUUCUAAUCAAUUCAGCGAUAUUUUAUUCACAUUUUGGUCCUACAUUUAGGGUGCAGCAUGAUUGUAAGUUUUAUUUUCGUUAACACAAUUCACCAUAAAAUCUUGUCAAUAUGUAUACAUAACCAUUCAGAAUAAAACCAAAGAUGUAAUGUAAUACAAUAGUGAUUUACAAUUUUCCGCCUUAUUGCUUGGGUAUGGUCUGUUUUGGAACCUUGUUAUAUUGAACAUAGGUACAUGUAUUCUUUAUUUAGGUUACUCCGUGCAACUUGAAACAGAGAGUACGUUCAGUCAUUUGCGUCAACUGCGUGGUUAAUACUUUACGCGGAGUUAGGGGUGGCAUGUCCGCAUUAUAACAUACUGAGUGUGUGAAACCAUUUUUUUUCUCCAGCUAAUAUUCGCACCAGGUUGGUUAGACGCCCAAAAUAUUAUACACCAAUACACACUGAAAUUGUAAUGGAUGUAUUGUUGUUCAAUUUUGAUUUUUUUUAUUAUGUAUUACCUAUUAUAGGCAGUGGGAGAUUUUAUUUACAUAUUACAGUUUUUUUUCCGUAGGCAACACAUGGUGUGUAGUCAUUACUUUGUCAUCUUGAUGUAAAGUGGAUUUUAAAUUCAAAGUGUGUUCCAAGAAAAUUGUUUAUUUGACGCUUAUGUGCUGUCGGCAAGAUGGUGGGCAGUGUUACCUGCUGACAGUAGCUAGGUGCAGGUUACAAGUUCAGUUUGGUGCUCUUAAUAAUCUCCAGAGCCAAGCAUACCUUUCCGGUAGAUUUUACGUUUACUCCAGUCUACGCCUUGCAACAUAAUUUCAUUUAAGAAAGGGUUCUCGAAGCCAAAAUAAAAAUUAACAGUGUAAUAAUUGUAUAAAUUUUUUUGCAUUUCAAAUGUUUACAUUUUGGGCAAAUGUUACUCGUAUUUUCAGACAAACAUUUGUUACUUCUUUAAUUAAUUAACUUAAUUAUAAAAUUUUCUGAAUUUGUUUAAAAUAUUACUAUAUCCAUUUGACUGUAUUCCUAAAUGGGAGGAAAAGCAAUUUCUUUUAGUUCUUAAUUUUCUUAAUCUGGGUAUUAUUGCCAUAUAGUGAAGUAACAAUGUAAAUUAUUCUAUUUAUCAUGAUUUUGCAAGGGAAGCACAAUUUCAUGGUGUGAGCUUUAUUAAUGUUAAAUUUUGGUUGAAAAAUUUUAAUUAGUCUGAAACUUUGCAGCUUUGUUCAUUGUUUUCAAGGUAGUUAAGGUGUGAAUGCAGAUAAUAAUACUGAUUCAGAGAGAGAAAAAGUCUGUGAAGGUGCUUAUAUAAUCAUUUAAAAAAUGAAAUACGUAACUGCCUUGUGCACAUGGGACAGUAUAUCUUGAUCAUUGUAAACUGGUUUUUAAACAAUAAUUUUGCAGUGUUCUGGAAAAUUAUGCUCCUGUGUCCGCCUUAAUAUUUUCAAAGUUAUCUAUGAUAUUUAAUGAUUGUUGUACCUAAGUAUUGUACAUUGUGUAAGUGAAUCCAGAACAAAAUCAACAUAUGUAUUUAUUUUGCUGUGCAUAUGGAAUUGUUAAUGUGACAUGUUGUUUGUUGUGCACUGUUUGUUUUACAUGUGGCAAAGGAUCUUUUGCAUAUUUUUUAUUAAUAAAGUUCUUUUAUGUAAAAAA